AUGGAGGGGAGCUCUCCCGCUGAGGCACGGCAUGUGCCGCGGCCCCCCAGGCAGCACAGCCAGAGUGGCAGCCGGACCCCGCUGGAGCGCCCCGAGGCCGCCCAUGGCUCCCACACCGUCCUGGAAAGCAAGGUGAAGGCGCUGAAGGAGAAGCGGGGGGGCGGCCGGCCGGGGACCCCUGCAGCCACCCCCGAGCGCUCCUCGCCCAAGAAACCCCGGCCCCGGCGGGGGAAGCCGGGGGUGGAUGUGGCAGCGGUGGAGCCACGGGCUCAGCUCCGAACCUACCUGACGGAUGGGCUGCUGGAUGGUGGGGAGCUUGUGGAUGGCAGCCCCCCAGCCCCGGCACCCCGCCCUGGCACCCCGGGGCUCUGGCGGGUGCCGGCACACAGGGCGGAUGUGCUGGGAGGCACCGAGCUCCUGCAGGACAAGGGCAGCAGGUCUCGGCGCUCUGCCUCCCUCCACGAGAGACGCUCCCGGGAUGAAGAGGCACGAACCCCGCCGUGGGACCGGGGGGGUCCCUCUGUGUCCCCCCCUGCAGCAGAGGGCUGGGAGAGGCUCUCGUUGUCCGAGCGGGUGGAGAGGAAUCGGCGGCUGCUGCAGGAGGUGCUGGGCCUUGCUGCUCCUGAGAUGCCGGUGGCGAGUGACGGUGACUGGGACUCGGGGGUCUCACUGCAGGACGCUGAGGGCUGCAGGGCCUUUGUCCCUGGGCAGGAGCUCGAGCUGAGCCCGCGGCACGAGCAGGCCAAGCAGCUGCUGCAGCGCGCCCGCAUGAAGGCUCGGACGAACCCCCUGCGCGCCAGCCACGACAUCCUCCUCCUCCCCACCGCCCUCCCGCACCCCAGGGAGCCCAGCGGGAGGCCGAGCGUGGCCCCGCGGGACGGCGGGAGCCUGAGCGACUCGUCCAGCGGGGAGUCGAGCUGCGGGCGGCCGCGGCGGCCGCGGGGACCGUCCCCAUCCCGCGUCCGCUUCGAGGACGAGUCGGCCCGCGACGCCGAGGUGCGGUACCUGGAGCGGCUGCAGCUGCGGCACCGGCGGGCGCUGGGCUCGGCGCUCUCCUCGCCGGAGCCAGCCGGCAGCAGGCAGCCGGGGGACGGGGCUGGCCAGCCCAGAGCCCGGAGCGGCGACCUCGUGGCCGGGGGCAAGUGCAGCGCCUGCGGCUCCUUCCUCGGUGCUGCCCCCGGCCGGGGCACGGACGCACAAGCUGUCGCCGAUGCGGCCCAAAGCAGCCCUGCGGCACAAAGAAGCAUCCCGGGGGAUAGCAGGGGACCGAGCGCAGCCCAGACAGAGCCCAAAAUCAGGCCUCUGGGCCCCGGAGGGUCCCCACUGUGGAUCCUCCCCUCCCGGCAGCGCAUCCACACCGAGAAGAUCAAGGAGACGUACAUUGGGGACGUCACCUACAUCGAUGAGGUGGACUCGGCCCUGGAGAGCACCGACACCUCCGACGGCUGCCGGACGGACAGUGAGGAGGCAGGACCCCGCAGCCCCCACCUGCGGGGGCACCGGGACCCCCGGACUCGCGGGCACAGAGCCCCCCGUGCCACCCCACCGCCGGAGAUGAGGGCCAGGAAGGGGACCUGUGUGGCCAGUGGUGGCCCCCGCGCAGAGGACGGGGGGACCUCAGGUGGUGCCAAAAGCCAAACAGGGGCUGUUUGCCCCCCGCCGCCGAGGAGAGCCAGCAGCCGGGAGGAUGGGGAACCACAUCGGGAGCCGGGGCGGCCAGCGAGCCGCAAGGGCAGCAGCGCUUCAGCGUCGGGGCUGAAGAAGCUCCUGUGCAGCCUGAGCCAGAGCACCAAGGAGCGCCUGGGCCGCUUCCGCUGCUACAGCAUGGAACAGCUCCCGGCCCCCGGCAGCUCCCCCUCGGGGGGCCCUGGCAUGAAGAAGUCGCCCUCCCUGCAGUCCCUGCAGCUGGUGUCACCCUUCUGCCAGCCCCAAAAAGCCUCCUCGAUCCAGAGCCUGCAUCCCCUCCUGGGCAAAGCACCCCGUGCCAGCGCCUACCUCCUGCCCCAGACCACAGCUGACAGGAAGGGGGGCUCGGGGCCGCGGCGCUCGCUGAGCGUGGAGGACAUCGGGGCACCCGGCCGGCUGCGCGCGGUGGGACGCGUGGUGGAGGUGUUCCCUGAUGGCACCAGCCAGCUGGAGCUGAAGCGACCCCCCAACGGCGCCUUCGGGUUCUCCGUCACCUCCGGGCACGGCCGGCCCGACACAGGUACAGAGGGAUCAUCCCAAAGCUUUGGCACUGCACACACGCUCCCUCCAUGGUGGCUCUCGUCCCUCCCCAGGAGCGAGCUUGGGGAUGGGUGGAGGGGGCUGCUUCAUCCCCGCUGAGCCCCAGAGGGGUGGCAGUGGAUGGGGGGAUGCUGCCACGUGUGGCUUCAGCCACGCACAAUCCCGU